AUGGCCCGCACCAAGCAAACCGCUCGUAAGUCCACCGGAGGCAAGGCUCCCCGCAAGCAGCUUGCCUCGAAGAGCUCCGCCGCUCGCAAGACUGCCACUGCCGCCGCUGGUGGUGUCAAGAAGCCCCAUCGUUUCCGGCCGGGUACCGUCGCCCUUCGUGAAAUUCGUCGCUACCAAAAGUCGACCGAGCUCCUCAUCCGCAAGCUCCCCUUCCAGCGUCUGGUUCGUGAAAUCGCCCAGGACUUUAAGACUGAUCUCCGCUUCCAAUCGUCCGCCGUCAUGGCCCUCCAGGAGGCUGCUGAGGCUUACCUUGUUUCCCUCUUCGAAGACACCAACUUGGCUGCUAUCCACGCUAAGCGGGUCACCAUCCAGCCCAAGGAUUUGGCCCUUGCUCGUCGUCUCCGUGGUGAACGCUCGUGA